AUGUUUGGCUUAUUCGUCACAUGACGUUCUGUUUUAAUGUGUGGAGCUGUGUGACAGCAGCUUCGUAGAUAAGGUUUAGCUCCGCCCACAGUCAGGUAGAGUCAGGUGCGUGCCAGUUCUGCUGUGUCAUUUCAUCACGGAGGCAUCAGACGAGAACCUUUCCCUCAGGAUGAUGGAGCGGAGUCAGCCGUCACAAGGACAGCACGAUCCUCGCACCUGGUUCACCGAGUCCCAGUAUCGGACUGUGAUCAGGAAUGGUAUCAUCCCAGAGUGGUUUCACGGCAUCAUUUCCAGAAAGGCAGCUGAGGACUUGCUCAUGCCAAAGCCUGCUGGAUACUUCCUCAUCAGAGUCAGUGAGACCAGGGUUGGAUACUCCCUCUCGUAUCGUGCUGACGACCGCUGCAGACACUUCAUGAUUGAUGCGUUGGAGGACGGCAAUUACAUCAUAGUCGGGGAGAGCAGGCAUCAUCGGUUCCUGCAGGACCUCGUGGACUUUCAUCGUAGAAGUCCCAUCUUGCCUUUCACUGAGGUGCUCACUGUUGCCUGUGGACAGUCAUCAAAUGACAAGUCAGACUACGCAGAACUUCUGUUUCCCCAAAGACGCCCAAAUCCCAACCCAAGUUUGCAGCAUACCUCACUGCAGCGGAACGUGAGCCCCCCCGAACCACCACAAGAGUUCAUGCCACCGGCUCCUCCUUCUAGACCAGACAACCUAUGGAACAACGCAGUCCCGGUUCCAAGCAGCCAACAAAAAUACCAAUACACUUUGCAAUUUUCACACAAUACCUCUCAACUUCCAGCAAUGAUUCAUACAGCCGAGGACCCUCAAUACAACCUGCCUCCUGGGGUCCCUUCUAGGGGUUUUGUGCCUCAACCGAGGCAGAACCAGCCCUGUAUCGGUUCAGCCCCUGCACUCGAGGGUCCCUCCUCACCUACAGCCUCUCAACACUCUCCCAUCGGAAACAUUCAGCCUGGAAAGAACCACGACGGGAAGCCAUCGGUCGUCGCCAACCUAAUGAACUUGAAGAAGAAAUUCCAAAAGAAAAUAAGUAAGUCCCAGGAGAACUUUUACACAGAGAUUAAUGGGGAGGCGAUAUACAGCAAUGCAUACCAGGGAGAGCAGACAUGCGAUGAAGCAGUAUAUUCCAACCGUGGCACAUAUGUGAUGGCAACUCAUGGAGCUUUACCUCCAGAGUACAUGCCACCUCCUCCUUUUGCUCCAGGCUUCUGAUUCCCCAAUGCUCCAGAAAAUGAUGCCUAUAGGAUAGACUGCAUUGUGCAGAACUGAAACCAUGUUACAAAUAUUGAGGGCAGUUGUGUCUCAGGAGGUAGAGAGGGUUGUACACUAACCAAAAGGUCGGUGGUUCAACCCCCCACCACCUUCAGUGUGUGAUAGAAAAAACUCUGUUUGGUAGUUCUGUGUGAAUGUGUGAGUGAAUGGAUGAGUUGAAGGCUCUUUGAGUGGUCGAUAAGACUGAAAACGUUGCUGCAUAAAUAUAGUCUGUUAAUGAAUCAAACCAAAGAAGGUGUACACGUAUACGUGCAGGGCAUAAAGGCCACAUACACAGAAAAAGGGUGAGGGAACCCAAAACAUCACCACUAUUCCAAAAGUCUUUUCAUCUGCACACCCACAUUUAUAAACUUUGGAUCCAGGUUGAAGACUAUGACAUUUAAAAAUUAUGAAGUAGAUCAAACUGUAUAUGUGACAACUAUUAGUGACGUGAAGUAUGUGUCAGCUUUUUCAACAGGGACAAUACAGAUAAACGCUGAUACAUAAGUAGGAGUGCAAUACAAGUCUAUAGUUGGAGUUAACUUGCUUCCCCAUUCACUUGUUGGGCCUUCGAAAGUCUGGUUAAAUGUUCAGAGGUUACAGAUGGACGCGUACUCUCGUGAGAAAAGGGAGUUUUAUGUAUCAUAUGAAAAUCCGCAUGACCUUGUUAAUGUCAGAGGAUUUGAAUACACGGGAGGUAUACUGCAACCCCAGAGAUCUGAAUCAGUAGCAGCACAAUGACAGAGAAGCUGGAGGAGAGAGGAAAUUAAGAAACUAGUCAAACUUGUUCCUCACGUAUAGAAAUGGCCAUUGACGUCAGUUAGAUGCACUUUCACACAGUUUCUGAACCAAGAGGUGGUGGUACAUUAUAUCGUUGUUACUGGAAAUAGCCAAUAGCCCAAGAUGAGGAUGUUAAAGUUACUAGAUAGUGUGAUGUCUACGAUUUUUCAUGUUUCUGUCUACAUAAUUUAGCUAUAAAGUGUGUAAUGAUGUUAUAUGACUGUAAAAAAAAUAAAAGUCUUAUUUCCGAGCCUG